AUGUUCGCUGCCAGACGAUCUGCCACCUCGACGCGGCAACUGCUGCGCACCCAGCGCCGCUGGGGCUCGCACGCCGCCCACGAGCCUGUGAACGAAGGCGUCGGCCGCAGCUUCUACAUUACCGUUGGUUCCCUCGCCUCCGCUUACCUCCUCUACCGCGUUAGCCAGUCCAACCAGGACUCCGGCGCCCCGUCCUGGAUCUCCGGCCUCAUUAGCAAGUGGACGCCCUCGCAGGAGACUUUCGAGCAGCGCAAUGCUAUUCACACUGCUAUUAUGGAGAAGGCUGCUGAGGACCGCCACUUGCUUCAGAGUCAGGGUCCCCGUGAGGCUUAUGAGUUGAAGCAGCCUGAUAUGAUGAACACCGGCUCACCGUACAACCUUGCCGCCGGUUCGCGGGUCGACCUCAGCCACGUUGUUGCUCACUACGAGCGCAAGAACCAGGAGAUUGAUGAGGCUCGGGCUGUGCGGAUGAAGGAUGGCAAGUCUCUCUAUGAUUAG